UUAUCUUUGUGAAGUUAUAUUGCAUCUGCGUGAACACAAGGCAGUUACACGAAGAAUCGUUUUAUCCCGAAAAGUCAGGUACCUAUUGGUACUUGAUACCCACAUCCAAUACCAUUGCAAAAGCCAGAUCUGGAGAUCUCUCGCGAUAUAACCUACUGCUCAUAAAUUAUUGCCCACUCUUCACUUAGUUGUUGGUCCUAAGUAGAUUAACCAUCCACGAUGGAUAUCUAUCUGGUACGAAUCCGUGAGCAGCCUGGGGGCUCGCUCUAUAUUGAUCGCAAAGCCCACGCAACAACCAAUGAUAACUACAUCGCGAUAUCCCAUGUCUGGGGAACCAAAGAAACUGUUCAAAAAUAUACAGUAAAUGGUGUCCCAUGGGAAGUAUCAUUGAGUCCCGGAAAGAAAGACAUCCUGUCUAUCCUCCGGCGUGAUGAUAUCUGCGGCGACGGCUGGUUCUGGAUGGACCUCUUCUGCCUUGACCAAUCCGAAUCACCCUCCAUCAGCAUCGCCGACCAGCUCAUGGCAAUACCCUCCAUAUACAAGUGCAGCCGAUGCGUCAAGAUUCUAAUAGAAAGCCCUGUAUGUAUGAAGUGGCAGGAGACCGCUAGUCAAGCCUUUGAACAAGGGCCUAUCAAUGAGGAAGCUUUCCAGGAAGAGGAAUUAGCCCACGGAAGGUCAUGUCCGUAUCUUCUCUUUGCGGAUCCAUGGUUUGAUAGACUAUGGACGCGACAGGAAGGCUUGUAUGCGUGUGUGUUAGAUCUCAUUAUCCUUAAACCAGUGUCAUGCAGGCGCCACAGUCGAGACCCAACUAGCGCUUGGAUAGCACACGGGACUCUCUUAGCACAUCGUUUCAGAGCGGAGACCUUUCUCCUAGACAAGCUCGCCUAUCAUGGCCUACAGCCACUGAAAGCGAAAGAAUCAUUGUUCUCCCUCUAUUUCGACGUCAUCUACAAACGUCAUGUCAAUAUCACAUUGGCUUACGACUGCGAGUCAGGGCCGGAUCCUAAGUACAACCCCAUCGUGGAGGCAUGGAGGAGCCAGCGAUGUACGGCCAAAGCACGCGACUACGUUCUUGCCGUGUUUCCAGACGUAGAUGGGUACAAUGUCCCGGUUGGGGCAAAGAAGAUGAGCUUUCCCGAACUUCUACUCGAUGCCAUCCACCAGCCCGCAGUCUGUAGACAAUUCAAAUUUGCACCGAAGGUCCCACGAGGAAUGGUGUCGCCCUCCGGGAAAGGCACAGAAAGCAUCUUACCGUGGCUCAUCGAUACGCCAUCCAACAUUGGUGAGGCCUACGAUACAUUCACCGCGAACAAUACGACUUCCGGGACAGACAGCCGUCCCGGGGGCAUUCAUGGUAAUAUCGAAUUAGAAGAUAUCACCUUCACUAAAUCCGGCUUGUGCGCACUCAAAGAAGACUGGAAACGUACCACGGACAUCUAUCGGCACGUAGUGCUUGCAUCUCCUUCCGGUCCCUGUACCGGCUCGCCGCGACAGGAUGUUAGCGACGACGGAGGACUUUUGCAACAGUACUUCGCGCAAGAGUUCAUGCAUAUCGCUGUGUCGCAGUACCUACCCCAGGAAAAGAUGAAUGCAUUGGAGCUUCAGACCAACGGUGUCCUCCCCUUUGAUAGGAUAAGAGACAUCCCAGAGGAAGUUUAUGCGCGUGAGCUGAAACGCUUCCUCGUCUGCCUGAUAUGUGGUGCAUCGUUAUUCACCGCCGACAAAGUGCUGGAGACAGCAGAUGUUGUACGUGUAUCGACGCUUUACGGGCCUCUGUUGGGCGUAAUGCAUAGAGAAACGAAGCGGGUAGCCAAGCAAGACCAGCUAAUGCUCGCGUGUAGCCCAACGUGGGACCUUCAGGGUUUCUAUAUCGGUCUACGGGUUGGUGAUGGAAUGUCAGUCAGAGGCCGGACCAUCAUUCCGAAUAGCAGUGUCUGGGACUCCAUUGAAAACCUAGCUAAAACAUUGGAGUCUUGAUGUCUACGCUAUAUUAGCCAUAGUGCCUCCCCCUCGGGCACCUACUUCCCCAAAAUUCUAGGCUUUGGAAGGCCCAUUGUGGCUUUUAGCUAGCUAAUAUAUUGGUCCAUAGUAUCCUGCUAGGGCAAGGCUUCGUGUGUGGAAGGCCUGGGACGAUGCAAGUAUCGCCCGUUCCUGUUUACUAGAUUGAAUACCUCGCUUAUGGCUAUAAUAUGUGAACCAGAUUAGUAACUACUACGUAUGUAAUACUUUGGCAGGUAUUUUUGUCAUAGGUUCUACCAGGUACCUACCUAGUUAGUAUCUCAACUUGAGAUCACCAAUUUCAGGCUAUCCCAGCAGAACAGUGACACCUUCGUCAUCUGCUGAAACCUGUCCUACC